AUGAAGAUACGAGAGGAAUGGAAGAAAGAACGAGAGGAGAUGAAGAAAGAACAAGAGGAGAUGAAGAAAGAACGAGAGGAGAUGAAGAAAGAACGAGAGGAGAUGAAGAAAGAACGAGAGGAAUGGAUGAAACAGACACAACAGGAAAGACAAAGAAGAGAAGAAGAGGAGGAGAGAAGGAGAAAGAUAGAUAAGGAAACAUGGGAUGAAUAUUAUGAGAAACUAAAAAAAGAGAAAGAAAGAAGACUGAGAGAGAGAGAAGAACUUCAGUUCAAACAUGAAAAAGAGAGAGCGAGAAUGAAGAUGAUAAUGGAGAAAGAAGGACAGAAACGUGACAAAGAAAGAAAGAGAAGACAAGAAGAAUAUAUAGAGAAAAAAGAACAAUAUAAAAGAGACAUUAAAGACAUCGAGGAACAAGAGAUAAAGAUACGAGAGGAGAUGAAGAAAGAACGAGAGGAAUGGGAGAAACAGAAACAAUGGUGGGAGGAGAAAGAACCAACAAUUGGAAAAGAAGAAACACUCAACUUUAAUCAUCCUAAUAUGUUCACAGACAUAUAUGCAGGAUGUUUGAGAAUCUUGCUGUUUGGAAUGACAGGAAGUGGAAAGUCUGCCACAGGAAACACUAUCCUUAGAAAAAAUGGGUUUUACACUAAAGACGGCUCAUGUUUGGUGACCACUACUUCUACAAAGGUAACUGGUGAAGUUGAUGGUCGAUCAGUAGCUGUUAUUGAUACUCCAGGACUCUUUGACCCCUCACUGACAAAAGAACAAGUGCAGGAAGAAAUAAUGAAGUGUGUUUCUCUGUCAGCUCCUGGACCUCAUGUGUUUAUUAUUGUAUUUGAUAUGUGGAAAAUCACCAAACAGGAGAAAGACACUUUAGACAUGAUAAUGAAGAUCUUUGGCCCAAAAGCAGCAGAUUUCUGCAUUGUGCUCUACACCAGAGGAGACAAAUUAAAAAAACAAUCAAUAGAACAAUAUGUAGAAAAAUAUAAAAAUGAGGAACUCAGAAAACUGAUCAGAGAUUGUGAAAACAGAUUCCUGGCUUUUAACAACAGAGAAACACAAGAUCAGACACAAGUUACUCAUCUGUUCAAUAUGAUAGAAGAGAUGAAGAGAUCUAAUCAGGGCCGAUAUUUCACUAAUGAGAUGUUUGAGGAGGCAGCGAUCUCCAUUGAACAGAGGAUGAAAAUGAUAGAAGAGAAAGAAAGAAGAAAUCAGGCUCAAGUUGAAGAAUUAAAAGACGAAUAUGAUGUGCAAUUUGAAAGCAUGAAAACAAGACUGGAGAAGAAGAAACAAAGGGCAGAUGAGGACCUGAGGAACAAGUUCAUAAAACAAGAGGAAACACUCAGGAGAGAGUUUGAGAAGAAAGAAGAAUCAGAUCAGAAGAAACGAGAGACAGAAGAUCAGAAACAAUCUGAAGAAGAGAAACAGACAAGAGAUGAAUAUGAACAAAGAAUAGAGGAGAUGAAGAGAGAGAUUGAAGAACAGAUAAAACAGCAUGAAGAAGAGCUGAAAAAAAGAGAAGAAGAAGAGAGAAAGAAAGAAGAAGAAUAUAAACAAGAUGAAGAAAAGUUGAAAAGUGAUCAUGAACAAAUCAUGACAGAGUUAAGAAACGAACAGGAAGAAGAAAUAAAAAAGAGAGAUUCAGAGGAACGAAUGAGGAAGAAACAAGAAGAGAAAGAGAGAGAAGAGUGGAUGAGAAAAAUAAAAGAGGCUGAAAAUGACAAAGAGACUCAAGAGAAAAUUAAACGACAGAUGAGAGAAUGGGAGGAAGAGAAGAAACGACAGAUGAGAGAACGAGAGGAAGAGGAAAGAGAGAGAAAAGAGAGACAUGAGGAACAGCUGAGAGAAAAACAAGAAGAACUGAAAAACAAGAGAGAGAAAAUUGAAAGAGAGAGAGUAGACAAAAAACAGAUGAUAGAGGAGGAUAGAGAGAGACAGAAAACAGAGAGAGAACAAAAAGAGAAAGAAUCUGAAGAAAAGAUAAAUGAAAUGAAAAGAUAUUAUGAGCAGAUGGAGCGAGAGAGAAAAGAGGAGUGGAAGAGAAGAAAAGAAGAGGAUGAAGAGAGACGAGUGGAAAAGAGAAAGAGAUGGGAGAAAAUGAUGAAAGAUCUGAAACAAGAACAAGAAGAGGAGAUCAAGAGAAGAGAAAGAGAAGAAAGAGAAAUAAUAGACAGAGAGUGUGAUAAAAUGAAAGAGAAACAUAAAGAAGAAAUGGAGAAGAUGAAGAAGAAACAUCAAGAUGAAACCAGAAAACAAAGAGAAGAACUGAAUGAUUUCAGGAAGAGAAAAGAUCAGCAGGUUCAGGAGCUCAAGAAGAAGAUAACUCAAAACUAUGACGACGAAAAAAGAAAGAGGGAAAAAAGAUGUAUUGUCAUGUGAAAUAUUUUAACCAUUACUGGGUCACACUUUAUUUUAUGGUCCAAUUCUCGCUAUUAACAAACCAUUAACUAAAAUUUUGCUUAAAAUUUAAACUCCCAAUUUGCUGCUUAUUGAUAGUAAGUUAGUUGUUAAAUUUAAAUUUGGUGUUGGAUUAUGAAUGUAAAAUAUGGCCAUGCAGAUUAAGUGCUUCAUAAAUACUAAUAAACACCCUUUAUGUUAAUAAUAAACAUGCUAAUAAGCAACUAUGUUAUAGUGAGAAUUGGCCACUAAAAUAAAGUGUUACCCAUUACUGAUGAGCCAAAUGACUAACACUGGUCUUUGAAGGGUUUUUCUGCAUUUCUUUAGAGCCCUAUGAUUUGCGUUACGAGGAAAAUGUGGACAGAAUCACAGAAUCCAAUUAUAAAAAACGGAAUUCACAGUUUAAUCCAGAAUGUCAUGGAAUUUGUCAAAUUUCUAAUGAAUUAAUCAAGAGUAGGUAAAUGAACUUAAAUCAAAUCGCGAUAUGGACUGUAAUCUGUAUAUAUUAAGCUGAAAAGGUAUUUUUAAAUAUGAAUCCUACAUGUUCAGCAUGUCUUUGUAAGUGAAUGGCGCAGAUGCAAAGUUUCAUUUACUAGACAUAUACUGAAGAGUGUGUGAUGCUCCGUGAUUUCAGCGUCUGCCGUCUCACUAAAUGAGGAUGUAAACACAUGAAUAACAUCUCUAGAACUAUUACAUAGCAUACUAAUACUACUAAAAUAAAACAAACAUAAUUUUUUAAAGGAAUAAUCACACAACAUUUCUUCCAUGUUUUAAUUUUAAUAGUAAAUCCCAUUUGUUUGCCAAAAAAAAGUUGUCUUAAUUUUCAAUAAUUAAACGAAAAAUGAAAUAAACGUUUAAACCUUCACUUGAUAACUAGAAAAAAUGUAAAUGCACAAAACAGAAUUUAUGAGGGAAAAACAAAAUCAUAAGGCUACUUUAGAAAAGUUUGUUUUAUGCAUUCAAAUAAUUAGACCUGCUUUUUGCCACCUGCUCCUGAAGGGCAAGACUUUUGUCGUAACCCUGCAGUUACACAGCUGUGGAUCAUUAAGAGAUCCUGACCUUAACGAAGUCAUUCCAAAAUUCACUUUCUCCAGAUAGGUUUUAAAACAUGAUGAAGAAACAUUAAUUAUAGCAGAUCUUUAAAAAAGACAGGGCUGUUAGAUAUAGUGUAGUGAAGACCCAUGUUAACAGCAUCCUGUGUUCAGAACAGAUUGGUCACUUGAUCCAGCAGUAAACCUGAUGUCAGCUGUACAUGAACUGUAAAACUACUCAUUCAGUAUAAGAAGCCCGGGAUUCUUAAUAGCAACUCGUGUGUGUAAGCUUCAGGAGCAACCAGAAUUGUAUUCAUUUCUAAUCAAUGAAUAAUUUGGUCACACUUUAUUUUAGGGUCCAAUUCUCACUAUUAACUAACCAUUAACUAUGACUUUUGCCUCAAUUAACUCCUUACUUGCUGCUUAUUAAUAGUUUAUAAGGUAGUUUUAAGUUUAGGGAAUUGGGUAGGAUUAUGGAUGUUAUGCUUCAUAUGUACUUUAUAAGCACUAAUAAACAGCCAAUUUGUUAAUAAUAGACUUGCUAAUAAGCACCUAGUUAUUAGUGUGAAUUGGACCCUAUACUAAAGUGUUACCAAUAAUUUAAUUAUUGUUAGUUUAAUUAUUACAUGUAAUCAUAUAAUCAUUUAUCAUAUUUUAACCAUUUAAUCACUUUAUAUGACUUUGUCUUUUUUAUUUCCUUUGCUUUUGCAGCGCUUGCUAUUGUUUUUUAAUCUAAUGGUAAUUGUUCUCUACAGCGACAAACUUCACUCAGUGCUGCUGACAAUCCUAAAACGUAUCUUUAAUAGGUUUGUUUUAGUGCACAGCCAAUAUAAUAAUCACAAAUAUCCAUGAUUACAACUGGAAAGAGGCAAGCUUUGUUUUUGAAUGCCUGAAAGUUAUAAUCAUAAUGAAAGCAUCCAAACUGCAAUAUUUAACAUUUAUGACAACUGCAAAGCAUCCAGUGGGUAAAAAAUAAUUUACACACUAAAUCUAUAUUUUUGAACAUUUAAGUCAGACAUCGCUUCCUGAACAUCACAGCAGCUGGCUUCCAAGUCGAUCACUGCUCAACAUUCUUGACACCUUUAAAUGUUUUCUUCCAUCUGUUGCCAAUCCCACAAUCCACCGCUCAAUUCACAUUUGAAUUAACUGAAACCAUUUGCUCCAUGCCAGUGGACACACACUGACAUGAUUGACGAUAUUUGUCUUCAUGAAUAAGAGAAUGUCUUAAUUUCAAGGUUUUAAAUGUCAAGGGAUCAUGAUGUGAAGCAGUCAGUUUCCAUUUCUAUUGUUUUGGUAUAAAAAUGUUUGUUGGAAGCCAGUGAAGUCAGACUGAGCACUGAAACAUGCAACCAAGCGCUCCUGCUUUCUUUCUGCUAUGGGACAGAAGACUAUUAAUGAGAGUUUUAGGUAAGAGGUUAAUGGGAAAUGAUUAUCAGACAAAACAGAUAUUUUCUCACAUUAUCCAGCAUCUGGAGUUGGUUCUAAUAUUUCUAAUUUGGGAUUCAAUCUAAAACUGAUCACAAUGAUGCUUAUAAAUCAUAACUAACAGUUUAGAGAGAGUCAAACAUCUGAACAUAAUUCUGAAAUCAUGCUGUAUUUUCACAUAUUCAGUUAUUUUAUGGUGUCUAUUAACACAAAAAUAAUAAUAA